CUGAAGAACAUCAUAGAAGGAAGCUCUCUCUCACACAAAGCAAAAAUACUCUGCAGAGUAGAAAGCCCCGUACAUGAAUGCCUGCGUAAAAGUCUCUGCUGAUCUUCUCCUCCUCUCCAUGUCCAAAACCGAAUCUAAGGUACAAUGAUUUUCAAGUCCAACACGUCAUGUCCUCUGCAUUUGCUCCUGUUCUAAAGUCAGCAUCUUUUCCAUCGCUUCAUGAUAUGUUUCUUGUUCUAUGAAGUUGUAGGUAAAGACACUGCUCGCUGUUGUUGUUGUUACCGUUGCUUAACAAGGUUCAAUUUUGGUGUUAGAGGUGUAAUUUCAGAUACCCAUCUGUUCGAUUUGAGAAAUGCGACAACCCCUUUUGAGAAUUCGAGGAAUUUUUAUUUUUAUUUGAUCACUGAAGUUAGGGUUUUUGUGUCAUCAGUUCGUGAAAAUCUUUCGAUUCCCUUUUGGGCUACUAACUUCCUUCGUGUUAAGAUGGAGUAUAGUGGAAAUGUUGUCCACGUGAUCCCUAAUGCCAGCGAGAAUUGGAUGCCGAAUUCCGGGGAUCCCGCUGUUUGGGCCACAGAAGAUGAGUACCGGGUUUGGAACACGCGAGAAUCCUCCACAGAUACAACAUCCAACUCCCACUACGACCAGAGACAGUCCCAAACGCGGUCAGGCAGUGAACCUCCUAAUAAGAAGUCAAGAAAUGCAGGGCAGGAAUCGAAAUCGAAGGCUAUAGGGAAGAUGUUCUUCAAGACCAAGCUCUGCUGCAAGUUCCGUGCGGGCACCUGCCCCUACAUCACCAACUGCAACUUCGCCCACAGCAUGGAGGAGCUACGUCGACCGCCCCCAAACUGGCAGGAAAUUGUGGCGGCCCACGAGGAUGAGAAAGGUGUUCAAUUGGAGCCUAGGGAGGAAUUUCAGAUUCCUUCCUAUGGAGUUGAGACACAGAGGUCCUAUAAAGGUAGGCAUUGCAAGAAGUUUUACACGGAGGAAGGUUGUCCCUAUGGUGAUAACUGCACGUUUUUGCAUGAUGAGCAGUCAAAAUAUAGGGAGAGCGUGGCUAUAAGUUUGGGUCCUGGAGGCUAUGGUGGUGGUGGGGGUGGUGGUGGUGGCAGCGGUGGCAGUGGUGGUGGCAGCAGCACUGGUGGAGGAGGAGGAGGAGGAGGAGGAGGAGGAGCAGGAGCAGGAGUCGACAGUGCUGCGAAUGUGAAGCCAUCAAAUUGGAAGACAAGGAUAUGCAAUAAGUGGGAGCUUACUGGGUAUUGCCCGUUUGGGAGCAAGUGUCAUUUUGCACAUGGUGCUGCAGAGUUACAUCGGUAUGGCGGUGGUCUUGUCGAGGCAGAGGCUAAUUCUUCUGCUGUCCCUACUGAUUCAAAGCAAACUGGUGUGCCGUCAAAAAAUCCCGCAGAUAGCAUGGUUGGAUCGGUCCCUUCUCUUCCUCAUUCAGAUGUUUAUCAUAUUGGAGUUUCAUCACAAAGGUCAUGUAUUAUAAUCCAGAAGCCUGGCCAGAGAACUCAUCAGAAAUGGAAGGGUCCAGACAGGAUCAGUAGGAUAUAUGGUGACUGGAUUGAUGAUAUUGAAUAAAAUGUCGGAACUGUUUUGUGCAAAUUCUGGAGCAAAUUAAUGAGAACUUGGAUAGCCUAAAUGAGGGGCGGGCCGAAGGGAUAACAGAAGAAUGUAAUUCUCAUAGUUCAUGAUGGAUGGCAUCAUGGGUGCAUUAGAUCUUAGCGUAAGGAGAUUCUUGUUUGCUUCAAUUCCCUUCACCACCUGCUCAUGGGAGCUCUUAGCACCAUUUUCAUUGUGUACCGAUCAUCAUAUUUAUUUGAAUCUUGAGUUUCUUUGUAGUUUUCGUGACCUCUGUUUUUAAACUUUGAAGACUAAAUGCUAUCUUUGUAAGUUUACCACCUUGCUUAAAUUUACAGACAUUCUCUCUC